CUGUGUCUGAAAUAUCUCUAGCUAUAUUUGACCAAAUAUUGAGGUAUCUGGCAUCAACUAACAUCAUUUAGAAAACGCAUGAAAAGUUAAUCUUGGUUAUAUAUUUUAUGGUCCAUGUAUGGUGGACGUGAAAAAGCUCAUAAGGACGGUAACCGUAUUCAUGACUAACGCGUUUGAUCCUUCACCAACCAUUUCAAAAGAAAAGGCGAAAGCGAUUACACGACACUCUCUCUAAAUCUUCCUCCUAUUUAGUUUAGUUUUGGUUUUGGCACAUACAAAAAAGACAGAACAGUCUCAUAGGAUUCUCGACAUGUCUCAAACGACAAACAACCUAGUCUCUAUGGAGAAACUCACACUGAUAGAGGAAAAGCAUAACCAACUUUUAGCGACAAAAUCAUAUCGUAGUAACUUGUGGGAUUGUGGGAGCACGCUCUACGACUCGUUCGAGCUCAACUCCUUCAAACGCCAACUCGACUCAGCCAUAGCUAACUCCGCUAGAACCCUUUCCAUGCCUCGUUUAGCUGAACACCCACUUCACGCGCCGCCGAAGCAACCGCCACCUUCGGUGGUCGUGUCACGGAAGUCCUUCAACUUCUCUCGGUCAUUUCAGAAACUUGUUCGCUCCGUUUUCAAGUCCAACAAUAAAUCCACCAGCGUUGGUUUCCAAGUGGCGGAGAAAUACUCGAGAGAGCGUUUGUACGUGGUUUAUGAUAAGUCUGGAUCGGUUCUCUCCACCAUACCCGAACUUCCGGAAUUUGAAAUCGGUGCGCUUUCGCCGGAGAUCUCUUCCUUGGUUAGAAGGUCUGCUUCCGAGCGCUUCACUCCCACUGCAGUAGGUGUUUCGUGCGCUUAAGAUUUACAAUAAUUUUAAAAUAAUUUUUAUUUUUUUUAUUUAAAAAAAACAUUUCUAACUUGUAUCUUAGUGUUAAAUAUUUUUUUCAGUUUUACCAACCUUGAUUAGCUAUAGGGAAUUUUAGAAUAGUUUCUUUUUCAGAAAUUUGAACUGAAGGCAGUGGUUAAGCUGUUUUUGUUAACUAUGAACUUAACCUUAUUUGCUUUAUUGUCUAAUUCGUCUUGUAUAUUUGUAUUGUAUCGAUUGCUGUAUGUGAAUUAGCGCGUGAAAGAUUUCUGUUUCAAAUAUUUAGUUCUCAUGGUUCGCCAUGCAAUUUUUGUUUGUAUUUAGUUUCAACUUUGAAUUAUUGAUCGGGUAUAGGAAACUGCAACUUCGAUGAA